CCGGCGACAACGCGUGGACAGGGUACCGAAAGGAAACGGUUGUAAAGGAACUGUCGUAUAGACUCGCACGUGUUAAUAUCUGAAAAGGCUAUAUUUCUUGUACUUUUAUUUAUUUUGUGAAGAGUUCUUAAAGUAUUUAUUACAUUUUUUAAGAAAACAUAUCUGGUUGCCCGUUGAUUAUUGUGAUUGAGAAGGCAUACGCAUAAUUUCACAUUUUAAGAAGGAUUUCAGUUCUGUACGUAACAUGUUUCCCAAGGCGGCCGCUGGGUACAGCUACGAGGACUGCAGAGCCACGGCUGAUUGGCUCCUGGCUCAGACGUCACUGCGCCCCCUGGUGGGGAUAGUGUGCGGCUCGGGCCUGGGCGGACUGGCGGAAGCGCUGAAGGACCAGGUGGUCUUUAACUACAAGGAUAUCCCCAACUUUCCCCAUAGCACAGUGGACGGUCAUGCGGGGCGAUUGGUGUUCGGAACUCUGAAGGGGAAACCGUGCAUCUGCAUGCAGGGAAGGUUCCACCUGUACGAAGGAUACCCUGUCCAGAAGAUCACGUUACCGAUGCGGAUCUUCAAGCUCCUCGGGGUGGAGACGGUGAUCUUGACCAAUGCAGCCGGUGGCUUGAACCAGGACUACAAGGUCGGGGACAUCAUGAUUAUCAAAGACCACAUCAACAUGCCCGGCUUCGCAGGAAACAACCCCCUGGCUGGACCCAAUGACGAAAGGUUCGGGGUGCGAUUCCCCUGCAUGUCCGACGCGUAUGACCGGGAACUGCAGCAGCUGGCCCAGGACGUGGGGGCGGAGCUUGGCUACAGCGACUUCAUGCGCGAGGGCGUGUACUGCGUUCUUGGCGGGCCCUCCUUCGAAACCAUCGCCGAGUGCCGGAUGCUCCACAAACUGGGGGCCGAUGCUGUUGGAAUGAGCACGGUGCACGAGGUGAUCGUGGCACGGCAUUGUGGGAUGCGCGUCUUCGCCAUGUCCCUGAUCACCAAUCAGGCGGUGAUGGACUACGACAGCGAGGAGAAGGCCAAUCACGAGGAGGUGCUGCAGACGGGCGAGCAGCGCUCCAAGCAGCUGGAGAGGCUGGUCUCCGCCAUGGUGACCCGCAUCGAGCACAACACCAACUACGCUUGACCGAACUCCCGCGGCCCACAAUGCACCUGGCUGACCAACAAUCGAUAGCAACAAACAACCCCCACAGACUUACCCAAGACCAGUGCAUCUACUUUAUGGGUAACCUGUGGGCAGAUUGGUCAUUCAGAUUUAGCAUUUGUACUGGUCUGAGUGAAGUCAGGCUUAUUUUUAAAAAACAUAUUGACUGUUGCUGAAAAGUAUAUGCACUUGACUGAACUGCAUCGAUCAGUAAAAACAAACUUACCAAACUUACCCGAGACCAGUACAUCUACUUUUCAGUAACUCUGCUCAAUAUAUUAAAAAAAAAAAAAAAAAAAACGCUUACUACCCUCAGACCAGUACAACUGCUAAAUCUGACUGACCCCAUCCCCUCACUCUCAAAACAAGAUGUGUUAAAAACAACACACGUCAUUUUUAAAAAAAAAACACGGCUCCAUUUUGUGUCAAACACAGUUUGUGUUUUUUUUUUUUUUAAGUAUCCAUUUUGUAACACAUAAAUUGUAUAUUUUGUAACAUAAAAGCAGUAACUUUGACACGAAAUUUGUGGAAAGUGACAGAAAAGUAAUAACACAAAUAGUGUGUCGGAUAUUAACACAUCAUUUUUUGAGUGCUCAGAACGGACCACGGACCGGUGUAGCACGAGCUGAGCUUGUGUUGUGAGAUGCACAUCUCCGUCAGAUCUUUUUUUAUUUUUUUAACAAAGAAUUCUUGUAUCACAUUCCUACUGUAGACAUUCCUGCCGUCAAUCACCUAGUCCUGACAUCAGCAACAUAUCAGCGCUCAACUUAAUCCAGUGUAAAUGUCUUUAAUUGAACUAAUAUUGUACAAAGGCUGUAGCUUUUAUGGCAAAAAAAAAAAAAAAAUUCUUUUUCGGGUCUUAAUGUUGUUAUGUAUUAACUUAAAAAUGGUAUAUUUGGCACUAUUUAUUUUUGUUCAUUUCAUUAGAGUACUAUAGGUGCAAUGUACUCCUGUAGAGGGAGGGGUGGUGCCCCCUGCAGGCAAAGUGAGGCAUAGGCAUGAGUGGACUGUGGUUGGCGAGAUCUCAGCACCACAGGGCCUCAAGCGUCAUUGCAUUUUUAAUUUAAAUAUAUUUAACAGAUAAGAAUAUAUUAGUUAUUUAUGAGCACGUGUUUUUUUUUUUUUGUUUUUUUUAAAUGUGAAGUAUAUAUCCACAGCCCUGUGUUGUGGGACGGGCGAGCCACGGAAUGAGUUUAGUCUGGGUUUGUUUUUUGGACACAAGUCCUCCCAACCCACCGCAGGGACAGGGACUGGAACGCUGUUGGUUCAGACAGAAACAUUUAAGCCUGUGCGAACCAUUGAAAACUACUACUGCUACUGCACUGCCGAAAUCCAGUGGCCAGAAUGUCGAGGAAAACCAGAGAGAAGAUGCGUUCCGUGUUCCAUGUUCCGCAUUCCGGUGAGGGUGGGUGUGUGUGUGUGUGUUUGAAGCAGACUCUUUGAAAAAGGGGCUUAAUUAGCAGGUUUCUGACAGUGGACUGUUUGUCAUCCAGAGUGAGGAGUUGUGCAAUUAAUGUUGUCACAGUUCUUGUAAGCAAUUUUAAAAAAAACUCCCAAUAAAAAUUUCCAAACCUG